AUUUGGUAAUUAAUAUUUAACAAGUUUUGUCACUAUAUAUAUCUAAGAUGAAGUGGUCAGAGAAGAAAGUGUAUAAUUUGAUGAAAUGAAGAGAAGAAGAGAUAUGGAAGUAGAGUCAACAGAAAUAACAAUUGGUAUUGAAGAACUAUCUAUGAUGAAGCUCAUCAAAGUCAAAUUAAUUAAACAUGAUCAACAACAAACUGCUCUUAAUCUUGUUGCUAAUCAUGAUGAUGAUAAAGAUUAUAAUUAUCAUAUUCCUACUAUGCCUUUUCUCUCUAUCUCCAAUUUAGUCCUUCAAGUUCUUGAUAAGAUAGGGCCGACAAUGGCUGUGUUGAGACAAGACAUAUUUCAAAAUAUUCAGAAAUUGGAAAAGGUGCAUGAUUCAGACCCUGCUCUCUACUCAAAUAUGGUUGAGAUAUUAAAGAAAGAGAUAAUUAGUGAAGGCAAAGGAACAAAGUGUUCUAAAACUUGUUGCAAAGCUCUUCUUUGGCUCACCAGAUCCUUGGAUUUCACCUUAGCAUUGUUACAACUACUGGCGGAUGAUUUAGAGAGGAACAUGGUGCAAGCUGUUCAAGAAUCUUACACUAACACCCUUAAGCCAUGGCAUGGAUGGAUCUCUUCAGCUGCCUUCAAGGUAGCACUAAAGCUAGUGCCAGAGAGCAAGGGGUUAAUCACAAUUCUGAAGGGCAAAGAUAAAAAUAACGAUGAUUUUAAGAAGGAAUUGCGUACCUUCAUUUCACUAUUGACACCUUUGUUAAAAGAAAUUCACGACGUUUUGGGUGCAUAUGGUCUUGAUAUGUUAAAAUCUACUUGAAGAUGAAAAUGUGACAAGCUAGCUGUAAAUAUAACUUUUUUUUAAAAGUUUUCUAACCAUUAUCCUUUUUUUGCUUGUUAUGUAAAAUAUACAUCCCAAGUUCAGUUAUGUGAACGUACACUUCAUUUGGUACAUAUCUACGUACUUGUAAGCACCAAAAUGGGAUGUGUACCUUUUAUUCUAAUUCACGAUUAUAAGAUUAGAUUGUGUGGUUUGAUGUAAACACCAGGUACUAAUGCACCCGGUGUUUGCAUCAAACGAUUUAAUAUAA